ACCAGGUGCUUAUAAGUUGUCAGAAACGGCCGUCGUGCCGCUGCAUACCGCACCACGCACCCACCCAUCAUCAUGUCCAACAUCGACUUUAGCGCCUACACCGACUCUGUCGUUAAUGCCAUCGGGCCAAAGGCGUCGCCGCGCGUCAAGGAGGCAUUCCCGAUCCUCAUCCGCAAGAUCCACGAGUUCCUCAUCGAGGCCGACGUGACGACCGAGGAGUGGAUGGAGGCAUGCAACCUCAUGGUCGAGGCGGGCGCCGUGUCCUCCGAGAAGCGUAACGAGGUUGUGCUCGUCACCGACGUGCUGGGCAUCGAGUCGCUGGUGAACACGCUCGACCAGACACGCGUGCAGCGCAAGGCCGCGAACGGGGUUGCCUCCAGCAGCGCGAACCCGACUGACUCGGCCAUCCUCGGGCCGUUCUACCGCGCCGGCGUGCCCCUCCAGCCGAACGGCACGUGCAUCAUCCGGCAGGACGAGCCGGGCGCGCCGUACACCCACUUGUAUGGGCGCAUCUUCGGCGCGGACGGCAAGCCGCUCGCCGACGCGCUCGUCGACAUCUGGCACGACGCCCCGGACGGGUUCUACGACGCCCAGAGCCCCGAGAAGCCAGAGUACCAUUGCCGCGGCCGCUUCAAGACGGACGCCGAGGGCCGCUACGACACGGUCUGUCUCCGCCCCACGGCGUACCCCAUCCCCUUUGACCACUCGGCAGGCAAGCUGCUCCAGAUGAUGGACCGCCACCCGUACCGCCCGGCGCACAUCCACUUCUGGGUCGAGGCAGAGGGACACAAGACGCUCGUGACCCAGAUCUUCGACUCGGACUCGGACUACCUCACCGACGACGCCGUGUUCGCCGUCCGCGACAAGCUCAUCGUCCACUUCCAGCCCAUUAGCAAGAGCUACACCCCGCCAAAGGACUGCGAGGGCAAGAUGAAGUUUGAGCUCGAGCAGGACUUCCACCUCCAGAAGGCCGAGUAGGGCGCGUGGUGUACGUUUGGGUAUUGCAAGGCUUUGUAUUCUGGAUGUAUUGGGUC